AUGUCUACACCAGCCCGACGUCGCCUCAUGAGAGAUUUUAUGCGCCUGCAAAACGAUCCUCCUGCAGGGGUCAGCGGAGCCCCAACUGACAAUAACAUCAUGUUGUGGAAUGCUGUUAUCUUUGGACCUACAGAUACCCCAUUCGAGGAUGGCACCUUUAAACUGACCAUCAAAUUUACGGAGGAGUACCCAAACAAGCCACCCACCGUCCGUUUCUCGUCCAAAAUGUUCCAUCCCAACAUAUAUGCAGAUGGCAGUAUUUGCCUGGACAUUUUGCAAAAUCGGUGGAGUCCCACCUACGACGUCUCAUCUAUUUUAACAUCAAUUCAAUCGCUUCUUGAUGAACCAAACCCAAACAGCCCAGCUAAUAAUUUAGCUGCCCAACUUUAUCAAGAAAAUCGAAGGGAAUAUGAGAAAAGGGUUAAGGCUAUUGUGGAAGAAAGUUGGAUCUAUCAAACUUCAGCUAGUACCCCAGAGUAA